CGGGGCAGGGAAACAGCCGGUCCUUGUCCCGGCUUCUUCCAGGCCUUAAAGCAAAGGAUGUGUGGGCCCACAGGCAGAGGAACACAGCAGGAAGAGUGCAGUCGCAGCUGAGUAAGUGGGAGAUGACAGAGCCAACGCACUGCCUGUGUUAGGGGAGCAACAAAACUCCGAUAGCGAUAUAAAUUAUUGGAACAGUGCUCAUCUAGGGAAUUGCAGACAGACAAAGCAGCUCUGAGGAAAUGCAUCCCUGUCAACAAACGUUUGUUUCAGCUGAGGCUUGAAUAACAGCAGAAAUGAAAAGCAGAGUAAUCUGGUGAGGGGAAAAUGAACUGCAGCCACUCGUAAGAAAGAGGUUUCCUCAUUCUGCCCAGAGGCCGAACCAGACAGCAAAGCCAAUGUGAUUCAUUCAAUGAAGACAGUGGACAGUUACCACCAACUUCAUCACAUUUUGCCUUGAACAGCUGAAACUACUAGGUGAAAAUGACACAGCAAAUGCAUAAUUUAAGUCUCCUCCAGAGUAAGAAGAACAGUAUGCCAUCUUCUCCAAAUGCUGCAAAGCGGUUGUAUCGGAACCUGUCAGAGAAGCUGAAGGGAAGCCAUACAUCCUUUGAUGAAGCGUAUUUCCGAGCAAGAUCGGACCGGCUCAGUCUCCGUAAGACCUCAAUGAAUUUCCAGUGCAAUGAAGCUAUGUUUGAGGCCGUAGAACAGCAAGAUCUGGAUGCUGUUCAGAUUCUUCUCUAUCAAUACACACCAGAGGAACUGGACCUGAACACCCCAAACAGUGAAGGACUUACUCCUUUGGAUAUUGCCAUUUUAACAAACAACAUCCCUAUUGCUAGGACUCUUUUGCAUGUUGGGGCAAAGGAAAGCCCACACUUUGUUAACAUGGAAAGCAGGUCAGUGCAUCUGUGUACACUGGUCCAAGAAGCACAGCAGCGAGUUACUGAAUUGUCUGCACAAGUGAUGAAUGAAGGCCUUGGUACAGACAACACAGAAAAAGAGAAGCAACUAAAAGCAUGGGAAUGGAGAUACAGGCUAUACAAGCGCAUGAAGGCAGGCUACGAGCAUGCUAGAGCCCCUGAGGCGCCAACCAAUGUCUGUCUCAUGGUAACAAGCAGUACAUCACUCACUGUCACCUUCCAAGAACCUCUCAGUGUCAACUCAGCUGUGGUGACCAAGUAUAAAGUGGAAUGGAGUUGUUCAGAAGACUUUUCUCCUUUGGUUGGUGAAAUAAUUAUGGAUAAUCUUCAGUCUUUGAGAUGCACCAUCACGGGUCUCAGAACAGGCCAGAGGUAUUACGUUCAUGUUUCAGCAUACAAUAUGAGAGGAUGGGGACCUCCACGAAGAUCUGCUCCUGCAUAUGCUUCUCCUUCAAACUGGAAAGACUGCAGUGGAAGAGAGCCUCGACACAGGGGACAUACUGAGGCCCUGGAACGUCUCCUUCAGCAGGUUCGAGCAGCUCAUCAGCAUUAUAAUUGCAGAGAAAGUUCCAAAUUACAGAACACUGGUCGCAAGCAAUCGGUCUCUAGAAGCCUGAAACACCUUUUUCAUUCAUCAAACAAGUUUGUGAAGACUCUGAAACGGGGACUCUACUUAUGUGUUAUAUUUUUUUACAAAGACAAUUUAUUAGUAACCAAUGAAGAUCAGAUCCCAAUUGUGGAAAUUGAUGACUCCCACAGCAGUUCAAUUAUGCAGGAUUUCCUGUGGUUCACAAAGUUGUCCUGUAUGUGGGAUGAUAUCAGAUGGCUGAGGCAGAAUAUGUCUAUAUCCAUCUCUUCAUCAACAACACUUCAAGCCAGGCAGAAGAUGCUUUCUGCAGCAGCACAGCUACAGAAUUUGCUGGGAACUCACAACUUAGGCAGAGUUUUUUAUGAGCCAAUCAAGGAUCGGCAUGGCAAUAUAUUGAUUGUUACCAUCAGAGAAGUGGAGAGUCUUUAUUCAUUUUUUAAUGGUAAAUGGAUGCAGGUAUCCAAACUACAAAGCCAGAGGAAAUCCCUUUCGACGCCAGAGGAGCCAACAGCAUUAGACAUUUUGCUUAUAACAAUCCAGGACAUACUUUCCUAUCACAAAAGAAGUCAGCAACAUCUCCCUCCUGGAUUGUAUCUGGGCUACCUUAAACUCUGCAGUUCCGUGGAUCAAAUCAAAGUCCUCGUGUUGCAGAAGCUGCCUAAUGUCCUCUGUCAUGUCAAAAUCCGCGACAACAGCAACGUCUCCAGAGAUGAGUGGGAAUGGAUCCAAACACUUUCUGGCUCAGAAUCUGUGGAAAGUAUGGAUCAUACUUCAGACUGCCCUAGUCAAUUGUUCUUGUAUGAGCUCCAGAUGGCAGUGAAAGCUCUCCUUAAACAGAUCAAUCUACCUCUGCAUCAGGCUAAGCACUUCCGUCUGUAUACACAGGAGGUGUUGGAACUGGGUCACAAUGUCUCCUUUCUUCUCCUGCUCCCCGCCUCAGACGACGUCUGCACUGCCCCAGGACAGAAUAAUCCUUACACCCCACACUCAGGAUUUCUUAACCUCCCUCUUCAGAUGUUUGAACUCGUUCAUUUUUGCUGUUACAAGGAGAAAUUUAUAAGCCUGUAUUGCCGCCUUUCUGCUGUCAUAGAGCUGGACUCUCUGAAAACCCAGCAGUCCCUGAGGGAAGCAAUUUCAGACAGUGAAGUCGCUGCAGCCAAACAAAGACACCAGCAAGUUAUGGACUACAUACAGCAAGUUGAUGAGAUCUGGAGGGAAAUGAGAUGGAUCACAGAAGCACUGCAGUACGCAAGAUACAAGCAGCCUGCAGCUGGCCUACCAAUAAAGAAACUUGUGAAUCUUUCAGAAGAACACUCUCAAAAGAAAAUCAGUUCAACAUCUUCACAUCUAGAUUGUCUUCCCUCACCUCCUUCCUCACCUGAGGCUAGAAGCCAGAGGAGAAAGGCUGUAAGCGAUUCCCAGCCCUGCUCAGAUGAAGAAGGCUGUUCAGAAGUAUUCCUUCCAACUGACAGUGACUAUGAUUCCAGUGAUGCAUUAAGCCCCAGAGAAUUAGACUUGAUUUACUCCUCCCCGCAUGACAUAUCCCAGCAGGCAGGCAGCGGCCUGGGCGGUAGCGCACCUGAUGUUCUCCAAGUCCAUGAUGUGAAGCCUUGCCUAACACUGAAAGAAGGCCUGGCAGAGUGUAGUGCCUUUGAUACUAAUGCUGAAUAUUGCACAGAAUAUAUGAGCAAUCUAACAAUGUCAGGGAUUGCAUCAAAAAGCAUAGACAAGUCCUCCAGCUCCAGGCAGCCAUUGAGCUUUUUAGGGAAAAAGAGACUUGGGAAACAUCAACAUUACAACUACUUCAGCAGGCAUCAUCGUUGGCUGCGUGUGCACAGCGAGACACAGUCUGCCUCUCUGUCUGAAGGCGUGUAUACCCAGCAUCUCAUGAGAUCUUCAGAUCUAUCUCAGGAACCUACCUCCAGUGAGCAGUUACAGAUUCCCAUUGAUGAGUCACGGAGCACUUUCUUACCUCAUACAUCCAGCCUUCCAGAGGAUGGAAAAGGCAAGUAUGAGGAAUCAAGGCAAAACGUCCAUAGGAUACACACGGAACCUUAUAAAACAACAUUUCUGAGUGAAGAGGGAAAAUCUUGGGCAAUGAGCACGCAGUCUGUAGAACAGGAGGAUGUGCACAAUGCUAUGCAACAGAAAAUGGGUCCAGAUGAUGCCCUUGGUUCUGCUGUCUCUGAAGUAUUCAGCAGCACACUGUAACUCCAGCCUUCUGCAUCGCUUCCCAUUGAGGAAAUAGUGAGCAUUACACAUAUAGGGGCCAUACCUUCAAAACUACUUCUAGAAGUCCAGCUCCUGAAGUGACAACUUCUGUCAUUCAGAAGAAUCCUAACCAUCUGACUCCAUAGCCAGAUUCCCGGUCUUACAGCAGUAUCUGCCAUGAUGCAAGCAGUAUUACUUGUAUCAGCAGUUUUGCAAAUAGGGCCUUACAUAACAGGACGCUUUGUGGCUGCAAAUCCAGUAAUCAGGUUUUGCAGUCAUCUUGAUUUCCAGUUAUCUCUAAGCAUGCAAAAUUUUAAGCAUGAGUGGUUCUGACUGCAGUGUAGCAGAAAGUGUAACAUCCUUGGUGUCCUCAUGUUAGGACUGUGUCCUAAGCAUCUAGGAACCUGUUUUCCAGCAUUUCUUAUGCAUUUUUCUUCUUCUUGGCCCUUUUGAAUAGAUUGAGGUCGCAUGUAACUUAAGUGCCACCUGGUUUAGUAACAGUUAUCCCACUACCGUGUGGGAUCUAGUGGUAUCUAGCCACUGACAGAGAACUGAACAUUCUUUCAGUGUCUAAUAAAUCCAGCCGUCGUCAACACUGAAUGCACAAUCUCUGAAUGUUGCCAGAGCUUGACAAAAUUAUCACAACAUUUGAGGGUUUUUUUCAGAAGCUCAGAUCUCAAAUGACAUAAGUAGCAGGUUAUUUUAAAGGCUUAAACAGGAGUCAGCCUUUGAGGUCACAGGCAGACAGAAUGAGUCCAGUCUCUGAGUGAAUAUACACAGGGUCUGAGUAGGAGUGAAGAGAAGCUUGGUCCUCUACCCCCCACACAAUGUGCAUUUCUUUAUGUUGCAGAGACUCUCAAACACCCACUGGAAAGAAACGCACCUAAUUUUGUUCCUGAUUUUUCAGUGUAUAUCCAGGGCUAUCUGACCACUAUGUCUGAAACUGGGAUACUCUGGCAAUUCCCAUUAGAGACAUUUGGGGUGUGGUUUAAAGCUACAGUUUUUUGUUUGUUUCACCAAUAAACAUUGGUAUCAUUAGAAGAGUGGAAAGCAGCGUGUUAGCAUGCUGUAGAGUAAGACUCGGAGUACUAGAGAAGAUGAUCUCAACAAAGAAAUCUAUAUUAAUGAGAACCAUAACAUCUGAGUCACUGAGAAAUGAACUCAUGUGAAGAGAAACCCCAGCUGUUGCACAAGCUUUAAUUUUUCUCAUACAGUUCUUGAAGUUUAAUUUUAUGGGCCACAUUCCUGCUGGUUAAAUUCCCUCACUCCAUGUUUGCGCAGCCUUCUACCCUUCAAUUUUUCAGCCUCCAGGUGGAUACAUUCUAAGGCCUCCAAUAAAGAGAUUUGAGUUAAAUAGUUGAGUUUACAAGUCCUUGAGGUGAAGGUAAGGAUUUGGGCCCAUGAUCUGUGGUCCUUAUUAAAAUAGCACUUCCAUAACCCCAGCGCUAUUAAAAUCCCUGUGAACUCAAUCCAUAAAUUCAAAAAUAAAUGUUAUUCACUGUUCCAUGCUUGGUCAGUAUGCAGGAGCCAAGAAGAGCCUAUGCAGCGAUAUAGGGGCAGAAACUUUCUAUAAGGUAUUUACAUUUGUAAUCUCUCUUUUUUGGGGAAGAGGGAAGUUAACUUUUUUACCAAUACUAUCCACGAUGUGAUCCAGUCCUCAGUGAGGAUGGAAACAUUUCCAUUCACUUCCAAAGGCUCUGAACGAGACCCACACUGAAAAUUCCUGUGGGUGAGAAGAUGGGGGAGCAAAAGUCUCAGUGCCAAUUUGCAGCUAGAAGGACAUGCAUUGUAUGUUGUAUGCCACAUGGAAUUGCACGGGGAAAACCUGACUCACACGCCAUAGAACCAAAUAGUGAUGUUUUACCAUCACUGAAGGCAGCAACAGCUUGUUCCAUUAGAUUAUGUUUGCUAGCAGAAGGCUGUUUGUCAGGGAGAGACAGAAAAAAAAAAUGUUAUUUUCAGAAGUCAAAAUAAUUUACAUUGUUUUUUUAGAACACAGCAGCUCGCUGAGGCUGCCCUGACCUUUUCAGCCUCUAAGCAAAACUGCUGUGUAACACCUCUCUGAGGUAUAAAACAACAGUAUGCUGAGAGCAAGUUUAUGUAAAAAUUGGUGAUAUAAAGCAAAAUAAAAUGAAACCCACUUUGCUUUGCUUUGGCUUUUCAGGACAAACAGAACAGUGAGGGCACGAAUAGCAAAACCUUCCACAGAAGAACAGGUACACACUGCUAUCCAUUCCUUCUGCUGGUCUGUUCCAGAAGUAGUCGUGUAUCUAACAAAGAACUGAGAAAUAGGUUGGCUUUCCUUAAUUUCACCUACCUGUGUGUUCUAAGACAGAAUCUGACUCUGGGAACCCCAGCCAGAAUCUACUGCACCCUGAUUUUAACUUUGCUGUGUGGAAGUGGUGUUUAUGUGACAUCCUACAGGGCAUUCCUCCUUGAUCCCGUUGCCUCCAGGCUGAGGUUCUUUCCCAACUGUAACAGUCAAAAUAGCUCUGACUUUAAGUACUUCUGUUUAUAAAGCACUUAGUUAUCUUUUGAAAGAAAUAUCUGCUCUUUGUUCUAAAUUGAUAUCCCAGAGAUAAAUAAAUAGUAGAAAGAGAUGCUUUUCCAGCAUAGUUGCAACACUAACCAUAACACUUCUGUGGUUCUCGUAGGAAGAUCACUCACACGUUUCCCAAGCAGCCACAGCAAUUCGGAGGAAUCCUGUGAAAUACAGCACUGUUGUCCUCACUUCGUAGAAGCACAGAAGCAUUGGGUGACUGUUCCGAGUAGAGCUUAGAGUAAAGGCUCACAGUAAGAAAUCAAAUUGAAUUUAAGAACCCAGAUUGUUGCUUUAAUCACUGGGAACCCUGACUCCAGCUGGAGACUGGGUCCCUCUCAUAAGAUUAAUGCACAGUCACAGGAAAUACUGAGAAUAAUCCGUACUAGAAUCUCUUCAGUCAGCUCAUUCAAAUGAGUCUGUACCCACGUUCAUCAGCUGAAGCUCAGGUCUGAAGUGGAUACUUGGGCUUUGCAAGCUUCUGGACAGCCGUCUUUCUUAGCUUGGCACAGAACGUUCACCCUGUAUUUUCCAGGGGGUUUUAUUCUCACCUGGGCUGAACCCAGCUCCUGAUUUCUGGGCACAACUUGGACUGGCCAGAAGAAAACCAUCCCUCUAACAUUAUGACCCCACAUUAUGACCAAACCAGCAGACCCUGUGCUCUAAAGCACUCCUGUUUCUGCUAGUAGAAUGCUAGAUAUAACUAAGCUGCACUAAUAAUUCUUUGCAUCUGCAAGAUGGACAGUUUGCUUGAAGAAACCUGUGGCUCAAAAGCAUUUCUCUCCUAUGCUUGUACGUGUUUUGCUUUGCCUGGAUAUAAAUAAAUAAGUAGAUUUUCUACACAGUAAGGGCACAUACAGAGAAACAUAUACUUAAUAAUUCACUGAUGAAGCAUAAAUGUUUUUAAAUACAGACAUUAAAGGGAGGGGAGGGGGAUAUAAUAUUCUGUCCCAAACAUUUUAGAGUGUAUUGGAAAGAGGUGAUGUAUCUUUACAUUUCUUACAAUACAAAGAAAUGCAUUAAGUUGCUGGUCAACUCUUUUAAGGUGUUUAAACGCAUGGCUCAUGACUGUUAGGUAAAACUUCAAUGGAGCCUUACUAACAACAAGGGUGUAGUGUGUUUGGAAGUAUGGUACACAACCUGGAAACUUGCUCUGAGUCUCUCUGAGGUGUUGAACUUUGCCAUCAGCAAGAAGUAUUUUUAGAAAAGAGUCAGUGAAUUUUCAGACAACAGAGACUUCAUCAAGGUGGGUCUCUAAUUUUUCCACUACAGCAGAACAUUAAAUAGCCAGAAUACUUUAUUUGUGAGUAUAAUUUAUCUUCUGAUUCCAUGAAGGAGAAUUCACAAUGCUAAAUCAUGGCAGAGAAGUAUGAAACAGAGCUGUUGGCCAGGAAAUUCUCUGCAGAAAUACAGGGCACCAUUCCCCAAGGUGAGCUGAGGGCUGUACUCUGGAAAUGUGCUUUGGACAGUAGUCUGACCCCUUUGUGCAGGCACAAACUACAGCUGUCUCUCCUGCUCAGUGUUUGCAAUGUCAAGAGGAGAUGUUGAUUUGACGGGGCUUUGGAGCAGGCCCCAUAUACUGCUGUAAGCUGUAUAGUUCCUACUAGCACAGAGAUCAUCUCCUCUCCAUAUUGAUGUUUAUGAGCUCUUACCCAGCUGGCUGUCUCUCACACUGUGCUUUUGGGAUGAAAUAAGAGCCAUGCUAGAAUAUCUUCCUCAGCCUUUUUGUAACAAAUCUUGGGCAAGAUUUAGCCUUUAAAACAGUCGUCCCACAGUAGGGUAAAGUGUCAUUAAGCUUGCCUGUCACUAGGCUACAGAAAGCCUCCCGUUUUGUUAGUCAAAUAAUAGGAACAGAUUUCUUACUAGUUUGUUUUAUUUUGUAAGGUUAUAUGAAAUUAAGAUAAGAGGAAGUUGUUGUUGUAUCACUAAUUACCUUCAAACUAUGAACUGCAGUAAUUUAUAUUGUACACUAAAUGCACAGACUUUUUGUGUUUUACUUUAUCUAAAGGUCAGCCUGGGUCCAACCCUGAUUUCUUUGCACCUCAUUCCUGGGUCUUUUGCACCAAUGUAAAUGAGGAGUGGUUCCACAGCAGCUGAACCAGGUACCCACUGCACAGAUGGGGGCAGCUCCACUCGCCCUCCAGGAGGGCCUGGGUCGGUGCGGUCACCCUGAGAGUUAGUUGGUGUAAGAAACAAUAUGUGUAAGGAAGACAAAAGGGUUUUCAUCUCAUGGAAUGUUCCCCUGGAUGCCAAAGGGGCUGCUGUCUAAGCAAGGUUCAGAGAGCGAGCCCACCCUGCUGCUGUGUGCUACUGGGUGGGAAACACAUUGCUACGUUUUAUAACAGGGACCAAAUUUCUCUCCCGUAUUAUGCAAAUGAACUGAUAUUUACUGAAUGCAAGUUCCAGUUAAUUCACCAAAAAAAAAUGAAGACUGUUGAGGGUUCCUGGGGAGCUGAGGUUGGGCAGGAGGGGCUGUUUGCUUUUUUCCCCUCAGAGAAAAAGUAAUUUAAGUGAAAUGUGCAAGGCUGUGUUUAAUUGCUUCCUGCCUCGUUUGUACAUAGCAAUUUGGCUGUUUAUUGGUUGUCUUUGUUCAGAUUUUUAUUGUAACUUGUUGCUAUAUAUGCGACCAAGCGUAUGUUAAAGUUUAAACUUCGGGAUAUAAUAAUGCACAAUUUUAUGUGCUUUAAAACUUUGUAAAUAUGUAGACAAACAACGUGUGCUGCGCUAACUGCGAUCUGGGGACUGGACACAACGAUAUUGUCAUGCACGUGUACCUACAAAUGGUUUGAGAAUAGCAAAAUAUAGAUGGGGGGUGGCAAUGAGCCAAGAGUAAAUGAGUGCCGUAUGACUCAUGCUUCUUCAAUAAUUCCUGAAAGAGGCAUGUAUAGUACAUAAAAUAGACAAUAAAAAUAAUUUUCAAGACUACAAAUAUUUUUUAUAACUUCAGAUAUUAAAUACUAUUUUAGAAAAAAAAAAAAAGAAAAAAAAGAUUGGUUGCUAAAAGAAGUCUUUGGUUUAUUCAAGUGAAUCGCUGUCAUAAAAGUGUUCUUAACAGAAUCUUUUGUUUGAUCUGCUAUCAUAGAAACCUGGCUCUUUUCAACUUCAGGAGACCUGCAGUGCUUUUGCAUUCUUACCACUCCUAUGGAAAUCGUGUCCUUCUCCCUCCUUAACCAAAAAGAUGCAUCACCCCACACACCGCGUGUGUCCAUGUCCCUUUUGAAACAGGUUCUGUGUGACCAUCAUCGGGAAUCCACGUAUGUGUGAUCCUUACAGUCAGUGGGAAUCCCGCUGCGGUUUGUGUUCUUCUCUGAGUUCUUUCAUUUCCAUUGGAAAGGGAAUUUCUCUAAGGCCAAUCUUUCAAACGCGGCCUCCAUGUUUUUAUUCUGUUCUGCAUAGUCAGAAGUCUCCCAGGCAGGGGCACGGUUCCCAGAGUCUGUAUGUGAGAGUAAAACAACAGGAAUUGAAAAUCACUUUGCAUAAGUGCACAUGCCUUAAUACAGGUGUGAUAUCUGGGCUGUCAGAUUGGCAGUGGCAUCUUUCCCAUCGCUGUGUUACACCUGCAGGAGCUGCUGGCACACGAGCUCACAUCUUCACAUCGGAGCACAGACACCCCAUGGCUGCACACCGGGCGCAUUUACAAGGACAGCCAGACAGAAUCUGCUGUGCAGUCCUGGUGUGAAUCUGUGCUUUCAAGCCACGUUGUAAACAUGCUGCACUGAGGGUAUAUAUAAUCUGGUUGUAGUCGAGAAACACCCCAGAUAUUACCUACUGAAGGAAUUACCUUAUAAAGUGAAACACUCUUCUGUUAUGAUUCUGUUUUUCACAUAUCCUUAUACGAGGAAAAG